GGGCCGAUAAGCUGUGCGAGAGAGAUCAAUGUCGAAGAAGAAUAAUCUUACCCACCGAAAAAGGCAGCAUGAAUUUAAUCUACAAAGGGAGAAAAAAGAUAAGAAAACGAUGGCAAAGAAGCUCAAAGUAAAGAAGAAUAAGAUGAAAGUCGAUAAUGAUGACAAGAAAAAUAUCUAG